AUGCAAGUUGAUGUAGCAGUCAGUCUCCUCACUAGGAUUGAGAAAGAUCUUCAAAGCUCUGUGACAGCACAGAUGUCAGCCAAGGAUAUUUUUGAAGAAAUGAAUGUUGAGGCUGUUCUGCAACAGAGGAGACUGAGGUCCACAAAGAGUCACUUCUCCUAUGAGGCAUUUGAUGAGCCUUUAAGUGAUGAUCUGAAGAAGCUCGAGCGCAACUCUGUUCUGCAAGGGAUUGCAGUGACAGCUCAGGCUCUGGUACUGCUAUCUAUCUUCCUACUUUCCAGUCUUGGUAACUCUGCCAUUGUCAUUGUUAUCAUCAAACAUCGACAGCUCCGAACAGUGACCAACGCUUUCAUCAUGUCACUAUCGUUAUCAGACUUUCUCACUGCUGUUUUGUGUCUGCCAUAUUCCUUUGUCAUGCUCUUCAGUAAGGAUGAUAUCUGGGUGUUGGGGGAUAGUCUUUGUGUUGCAAAUGGUUUUUUCAACACCUGCUUUGGUAUUAUCUCCACCCUGACUAUGACUUUGAUUUCCUUUGACAGGUACUAUGCCAUAGUCAGACAGCCACAUGCUAAAAUUGGGCGCCAGAAAGCAACUCAGUUGUUGAUAGCCGUGUGGUUAACUGCAGUGAUUUUUUCUCUGCCCCGGUAUCUGUUGUCUCGAAUUCCGUCAGAAAUCCAUAAACAAGGUUUUUAUCACUGUAUGCAUGUGUUCCACUCUGAUACCUCUCGGAUGGGGGCUGCUUAUAGCAUCUGCCUUAUUGUUAUAUAUUAUUUACUGCCCUUUUCUCUUAUGUGUUUCUGUCAUUAUAAUAUCUGUAAGACUGUUAGACUUUCUGAAAUACGAGUCAGGCCAGUGACCACCUACGCAUACUUACUACGAUUUUAUAGUGAAAUGCGAACAGCCACCACAGUUCUGAUUAUGAUAGUUUUCAUAAUUUUUUGCUGGGGGCCAUAUUGUUUAAUGGGAUUAGUCACAGCAGUAGGUAACUACACAUUUAACCCAGCAAUGGACAUGGUCGCCAUCUGGCUAGCCUGGGCAAAUGGAGCCAUCAACCCUCUGAUUUACGCUGUGAGGAACCCCAAUAUAUCUAUGUUAUUGGGACGCAGCAGAGAGGAGGGCUAUCGAACAAGAAAUGUUGCUGUAUACCUCUCAAGCCAAACUCAAAACCAUGAAAUUCGUAUUAACAAAUCAGAAAGAAUAAGGGACCGAUUUGUUAGUCGUGUAGGUGUGCUGUCGAGUUCAAGUCCUGGAAAAGUAGGAGGAGUGGUCAUGGCAACAUGGGCAUGUAAAAACCCUGCUAUGUUCUUCUGCAGUGACACCCAGCAUGGCACAGGAACGCUAGCCAACUCUGUCUGCACUCCAAAGAUAAAGACAGCUGACACCAGCUUGUGA